AUGCAAGUGAGGUUCCAGCCACCCAACUCGCCAGACCUCAACGUGUUGGACCUGGGGUUCUUUCGAGCGUUGCAGACUCUUGAAGAACGGAACUAUUCGCGCAACAUUGACGACAUCAUUGCUGCAACCGAUGAAGCGUGGCAGGAUGUCGACAUGAUGACGUUGAACGCCAACUUUCUCACGUUGCAAUGCUGCAUGCAAGAGGUAAUGUGCGUGGAAGGCGACAACGGUUACAAAAUCCCGCAUAUGAAGAAGGCGAAACUGGCUGCUGUGGGUAUGUUGUCCGAGGUUAUUUGCGUUGAUCGUGACCUGUUUGAUGACGGGUGUCGACUACUCAGUGCUACUGAUAUCGACAAGAAGAUCGACGAAUUGGCACUUGAAGUGGCACAGGCGAUGGACAUGAGCGAAUUCAGCUCGCAAAUGGAGAAACUCUCUGUUGACGGUGAGCUGGAGGAUGACAUUGACUUGGAUCUGGCGCUGCUUCUGGGCAUCAAACACUUGUUGUAA